CUCCCUCCCUCCCCCUCGCUGGUGUGAUUAGGAGAUGGAAGUGGGAGCCAAUUAGACAUUUGAUUGAUGAAAACCACAAAGAAAUGGAAAAUACUUCUUCUUCUUCUUCUCUAGGAUCGUUGACCGGCAAGAAACGUCAAAGAGACCAAGAGUCAUCAGUUCCCCAAAGCCAAGCCUCUGAUCACGCUCUCUCACUCGAGGAGAGUUUGACGUUUAGCGAUACUUUGGUUGCUCUGCGAAUAAUGCGCGCUCAAUUUCCUCACCUCGACAAGGUCUCAGUUCAUCCUUUUAUUUUACGAUCACAAUUGUAUAGCAGCGUAAAGGACAGAACUCAAGUGGACAGGGAACUAGAGUUGUUGAGGAGGGAAAGAGUUCUGCGUGUUUUCAAACUAAACACUGGGCAAGAUGAUCAUGCCAUUAUGUUUAUAGAUGACUAUUUGAAUCAGAUUAAGCGUGCUGUGACAAGAAUGCAAGCAAAAAAGCAAGAUGAUCUUGUAGUUUUCAAGUGGUUCAAGACUUAUGUUCUCGAUUCAAAGCUGGAAACGAGUAUCGGACAUGAAGAGCUUUGUUCAUUUCUAUCGUCAGGGGGAAAUGUGAAGGAUCAACACAUCUCGCUGUUAAUAAGUGCUGGCCUUCUCACUCGGCAACUUAUCGAUCCAAAUUUGUACUGGUUUGCAAUUCCCAAUAUUGGAUCGCUACUCAAGGGCCUGUCUCAGGAGCUCCAGACUUCUGUACUAAGUUGGUAUGCCAAUAAAUGCUGGGAGUAAAGGGUCAUCACUUUGAAAAAGGAGAAACAAGGGGGAAAGUGGUACAGUUGCUGCAUAUGGCUUAAGCUUCUCUAAGUAGUAAUUGUCUAAUCAGUUUCUUUGGUAGUUUAUGAGCAUCUCUGAGCUGCAUUAACGCUGCAAAAUACUCGUGUUGGACACCCGACACUCGACCAACGGUUUGGAAUCCCUGUUGACAUGUUUAGUUGGACAGUUGUAGGCAGAUGUGUUUUGUUAUUCGAGUUUGCUACAAACUAGGCAUAGAUCUCCUGUAAUAUGUACGAAAUGUCCGAAAGGUACCUCUUAAAUUACCAAUAACCCCGAUCAAACGAAACAGUUAUCCUUUAGGAUUGAAUAUCCUGGCGUGUCUCCAUGUCCUAGAGAUAGAAACGAGAUGAACACGACGCUUACGCUUAGACAUCUACCCGCACCGAACACACUCACCUGAGUAUUGUUGUACUAUUGUUGUACUAUCUUUAGUGACUUGGAAGAUGACCUUGAUGUUAUGUUUCUUUAAUAGGUUUUAGUUUAAAUAUACCAUGAUUGCACAGUAUAGUAUGAGGUCACUGAAAUCUAUCAAGUUGACCUGAUAACUGGAAGAUUAAGGAAACAUCCAACUAACUGCAAGUUGAUUUACAGGUAUAAAAUAAUAGUGGUCCAGGUAGUAGUAGCUGGUUACUUGAUGAGAAACACACAAAGGCAGAGAUCUGAUUACAUCACGGCAAAUUAGCGGAGUCCAGCCCUCAUUCGAUAGGAUCCUUAGCUCUUGCUCUCAAUCCUUGCUCUUGUGGAUUUUAGUAGUUUGUAAUAUUUUUGAAAGACGCAUUACGUUACUAAGGUCGAGCCAGUACUUUGUUGGCUCCGGCUUUCCCGUGAAAUUAUUAUUAUUGUUAUUAUUAUUAUUAUUAUUC